CCCAGUCCAGGCAGCCAGCAACCGGCGCGUCUCUGCCUACCAAUAGGCAUGCUCGGCUCAGGCUCUGUGCAGAGCUCUCAGUCUCAGCAGCAGAAGCUGGGCGCAGGGGAACUGCGACGCCAAACAUCCUCCCAGUGAUGGCCUCUGCUGAGCCACUGUGCUCCCGCUUCCACCAGCAGCACUGCGCAUAAGGCAACACACCCACCUUUGCCCUCCCGCCCAGGAGGGAGAGAGACGCCGCCAUGUACAGCGUGGAGGACCUCCUCAUUUCGCACGGAUACAAACUGCCCAAGAGCGGCCCGCCGUCCGCCGCGCCUUACGACAAGCGCCCCGCCGACUGCCAGCGGGAACUUGUGGACACCCGGGCCGGCCGGGGGACGCUGAACGGCUACGAGGCGGAGAGGGGGGCGUCCGUCUCGGGCAUCUACGGCAGCAGGCAGGCUCUGGUGAAGGGCUACCCCACCGCGGACGAGAGCGGCGAAAGGAGCCAAAGGAGGAAAGAAGCCGGGAUUGGUAUCCUUGGUGAUGUUCAGCUCCUGGGCGAUUCUCUCGCCACAGACAGCGGGUUCUAUGAUGUUCCUAGUUUGACCUAUUCAGAGCCACUGAGCCAUGAUGAGCGGGACCUAUCCUAUUGGAGGAGGCGAGGCCAGGACUUCAGUAUCCUUCUGGACUACGCUGACGGCAGAGAGCUGAGGGCCUCUGCCGGGGCAUGGAGGCCGCAGGCCCUGAUCACAGCAGAGGAAUACAGGGCGGAGAGGCAAGCGCAGCAGCUAUGGGAGGAAAUUUCCUGGCUAAGGGAUCCAGAUGCCGGCCCCGGUCAGCUACGGGUUACCGGGGAGAGGAAAUGCCAAAGCCUCGGAACGGAGGACUGGAGGCCUGCGGUGGGGAUGGGAAGGCAGCUGUCAGAUGGGGAUGGGGAAAGAUGGGCUAAGGACCAUUACCGCCUACGGACACCUGAGGGGUUUUUUCAUCCUAGAACUAAAGCAAAGUCUCAGUCGCUCCCCAGAGUUUUGUCACCCGAUGGAACAGACUGCAGAGAUCUCAUACUAUCAAGACCAAGCCUACCCGACAGGCAACGGUUCAAUAGUACUGUUUUCUCUGGGCCCUACAGCAGGUAUAUUUAUGGCGGAGGCAGAAACGGUUGGGGUAGGAAUGUCGGUCCAAGCAGCCAUGUUGCACUUUUACCAAAGCCCAGGUUUAGCAGGCCUUUAAAGCCUCCUUCAUACGAGAUACACCAGCAGACAAGGGGUAGCGCAGAAAUGCUUGCUAUUGACCAGGGUGCCAAACAAAAAGACCGAUCCAUCUACUACCCAAGGGUCGGGGAGCUGAGACAAGACUAUUACGCACAACACGCCAUCACGGGAAUGGAGCCUCCUGGCUACAUCCCGCCCCCUUCGUAUAAAAGAGCCCCGCCUCCGAGAGCGGUUUCCGUCAAUCGCAAUGAAAUGGCAAACUUGAGGUGGAGGGCGGAGGCUUUGCAGAUGCCCAGCUCGGAUCCUGGAAGGUGGCUCUCCAGACAGGGAAGCGGCUCGUGGUUCGAACAUUACGGAGAGCGUAGUGCGUCCUAUCGAAAACUAAUAAAUCCUGCACCUGAAGAACAACCAGUUCUGGCUCGUCCGUUACCCAUCGACGACCCAAGAGUGAAACAAAUCUCAGGAGGGCCCGGCGGACACUCUCUCACUGACCUAGACAAGCUCCGCAACAUCAACAAAGAGACUCUAGGACAAUCUACACAUGAUAGUGCCUUUCCUCCCCAGCAGGGGCCAGCUCCCAACACUGAAGCCAACAAAACCGCUCCAACUGAGAACGAGAGCAGUAUUCGAUGGUGCAACAGGGGUAUUAAAAAGAGUGAAAGUGUAGGUCCCGAGCAAAGUCGUCCGAUUAUUUUCCCCUCAUCCUUUCUGGGUAAACCACCACCACCCCCAUGUAAACCGGCUGACCAAGGUGCGUCCGAAACUGUGACGGAGGUUAAAAAAGCAGAGCAGCAUGAACCACCGGAGAAAGAGAAAACAAAAAAUCUGAAAAAGAGACUCAGCGAAACAAUUUUUUGUUUAGUGUCUGUCCCCGUGACUCCGCAGCUCACCGGCACGAUCCGGGACCAGAAUAACAACAAUGAAAAAUCGCCAGACCCCGCAGGCAGCCCUAGCGACAACAAAACCGGCCACUUAACAAACCAAAGUCUCCAAAGCACAUCCUCAGCUGAAGCCGAGCUACAGGCUCUAACCGGUAGCUUUGCAAGCAGCAAAACAAGCAGCCGAGCGAGCAGCAAAAUGUUUAAAAAGUUACCUUGUCGGCCCCCCAAGAUCAAUCAUUACAAGGAGCUGAAGCUGUCAGGAACCUGGCCAGCAAACCAGUAUCGAGAUCAAGAGACACAGACUAGCCCAGAGGCUCGAAAACCUGCCCCUGACAACAAGGAAGCACAACAAGAACCUGUUCCUCCUGGCACUGACGUUUCACCCGACAGCAGCGCUGUAGUGGGCACUGCCUUCAGUUUUCCUAUAAAGGGAGUUAAGAGCCUGAAGCUGUCCAGCAACAGCGCCUUCUCCCUGACCUCCACCUUCUCCAGCCAGCUGAACAAGAGCACAGCUCCGCAGCCAGCAGUGACACCCUCAGGAAACGUGGAGGAGGCCAAACCAGCAGCAAGCGGCGAACAGUUCUUGAUAAAACCUGCCACCCAGCGACCGUGGGACGCCGUGAAAGAGCUGGAGAGCAUGAAGAAAGAAAUCCAGGAUCAGCAGCAGCAGCAGAUCAGCAAACAGCAAAGCGUCGACAAGUGCAUAGAGGACCUCAACGAGGCCUACAAAGACAUCUUAGAGCUCGGCACUGCCAGCAACAAAGUCCCAAACGGUUCGGUUCAAAUUCCAGAGCGCAUCAAGAUUCGACUGACGUCAGAACCUCUCAACAAGCCCAGCAGCCUUAGGCGCAGUGCAGUAAGCUGGUCUGUUGACCCAGAAUACAGAGAAGUGAAGAGCGCCUUCUCGAGACCUGCGACGAAAUCAGUGACGUUCAGCAAGCAGCUCAGAGAGGAACUCCCGGUCCCACCCCGGGAGACGGGAUUCAGAGAAUACAGGGUCGUCGCACACCUUUCCCGCAGACGGAGCAACGACGGCAGGACAGUGAAGCUGGACCUGCCGGAUGAGCCUAUCGAGACACCGCUUUGUGACUUCAGCCCAACGACGCACAACACAGCAGCUGAGGUGCCGUGGGCGGAUAGACAGCCCAUGCAAGACGCCUCCACCCUCACCAGUCCUCCGGAUUAUGAGGACAUAUGUCAAACCCUGCGUCAGCCUAAAGAUCCGGCAGAUGGAAACAGAGCAGGUCAGUCCAGACCCAACGACGCGGAGCCUCCACUGGACGUCAGCGGCGAAUCUGAAGAGGACUGCCCUAUUUGUAAAAGAGAGCUCGAGAAUCAGAUGAGACAGGGUCCGUUGCCUCCGCUUCACGAGGAGAACAGCUCCGACAGCUCGGCGAAUCAAAACGCCAGCCCGCCGCAGAGGGCUGCCUUAGAAAGUCCAGCCAAGGACUCAAACAGCGAGGAGCCAAAAGACUCAACUUUGAAUCAGUCAGGGUCUGACCUCCAACCCGAAACAGCGGAGCAGCCGUCAGCGACGCAAGGUGCUAACGCCUGUGAGAAGGCCGAAGAUGCUCAGGCGGAAACAUCACGUGGUUCAGCCACGGCUGAUCCUGUUGAGGGCAAACCAGAAAACGGAGCUGAUGACGAUCCUUCCUCCGCAUCUACGGCGCCACAAACCGAUCAGCCCGCAGACCCACAGAUGACAGAGGAACAGCAUGCCAAUGAGGCCGCGGCUAAAGACGAGGAGUCAAAAGAAAAGCAAGCUGCUGCGGGAAGAACACCCGAAGGAAGCGCGGUCAGAAAGAAACCCGCAGCCAAAGGCGAGAGGCAAAACAACACUUUGCCUAGAGAGAAGAAGGCGCAGGAGAAGAAGUCCGUUUCCGUCCCAGAACUCCGAGUUGCUCUACGGAGCCAGCUCGGGCGGGACCAUCCGGGGCUACCCGAGUUUCCGCCAGAUAGACUGCCGCUCUCAGUUCCUCCAAACCUAGACCGCAGAUUGUCGCUAAGCUUGGAGGGGGAGAGGAGGACCAAGGGCCCCUCCCAGCGAAUCGAGGCGCUGCAGAACAAACUGGCUAUCUCGCCGGGUCACGUG